UCUCUCCUGCUCUCUUCAACGGUCCUCCUCGCCGGUGGUCCUUCGGUUUCGGAAUCAGCAUCAGUCAGUCACCGACCUACAGCACAGGACUACACUCAUCGCGACAGAGGAACAUGUUGCUGCAGAAUCUGUUUGUGUGGAUGCUGUCAGUCCUGUGUGGCUCCGAUGUGUGCUGGGGUUUUGUCUAUGACCGACCGAAGCGCUCAGGAGAGGACGGGACUUCAGCCAGGACAGAGUCUCGCUCUGCUCCUCAGUACGUGCCGACCUCCGGCUCCUGCAGAAACAGGUGCUUUGAGCUGGUCGAGUUGGAGCCUCCGAACUGUCGCUGCGACAACCUGUGUAAGACGUACAACAGCUGCUGCUCUGACUUUGACCAGCUCUGCCUCAGGACAGCCAGGGGUUAUGAGUGCAGCAAGGAUCGCUGUGGGGAGACUCGUAACGAACAGCACGCCUGCCACUGCUCCGAGGACUGUUUAGCCAGAGGAGACUGUUGUACCAACUAUAGGAAGCUGUGUAAAGGAGACACUUCGUGGCUGCAGGAUGAGUGUGAAGAAAUCAGAUCUGCUGAGUGUCCUGCUGGGUUUGUGCGUCCACCACUCAUCAUCCUGUCAAUGGAUGGAUUCAGAGCUUCGUACGUGAAGAGAGGGAGCGGCAUCAUUCCCAACAUCGAGAAACUCAGAACAUGUGGAACCCAUGCUCCCUACAUGAGGCCUGUUUACCCUUCCAAAACCUUCCCCAACCUCUACUCAUUGGCUACAGGUCUCUACCCAGAGUCUCAUGGUAUUGUCGGGAACUCCAUGUACGACCCAGUGUUUGAUGCAACCUUCACCCUGAGGAGCAGAGAGAAGCUCAAUCACCGCUGGUGGGGAGGUCAACCUGUCUGGAUCACAGCACUCAAACAGGGAGUGAAGGCCGCCACCUUCUUCUGGCCCGUCUCUAUUCCUAUGGAGAGGAGGAUACUGACCAUGCUGCAGUGGCUGCACCUCCCCGAGGGAGAGAGGCCCUAUGUUUACGCCAUGCACUCUGAACAACCAGACACAUAUGGACACAAAAUGGGGCCCAUGAGCGCAGAGGUGAGUACUGUGUACCCAAAAUUGUGCUUAAAGUACAACCCAUGUUGUAGUUUCCCCCCGUGUGUGUGUCGUGAUGACCGCAGCUCCCUUUGUGUGUUCCAGCUGAACAACCCUCUGAGGGUGAUCGAUAGAGUCGUCGGCCAACUGAUGGACGGACUAAAGCAGAUGAAACUGCACCGAUGUGUCAACAUCAUCCUGGUUGGGGAUCACGGUAUGGAGGAGGCCCACUGUGAUCGCACCGAGUUCCUCAGUAACUACGUGUCCAGUGUUGAUGACAUCAUCCUCAUCCCGGGGUCCCUGGGCAGAAUACGUUCCAGAUACCCCAACAACCCUAAAUAUGACCCCAAGGCUGUUGUUGCAAAUCUAACAUGUAAGAAAGCGGACCAGCACUUUAAGCCGUACCUGAAGCAGCACCUGCCUAAGAGGCUGCACUACGCCAACAACCGACGCAUUGAAGACAUUCACCUGCUGGUGGAGAGGAAAUGGCACGUUGCAAGGAAAGUUCCUGAAGGGAAGAGACACUGUGGCUUUGCUGGGGACCAUGGAUAUGACAACAAGAUCAAUAGCAUGCAGACUAUUUUCUUGGGGUAUGGACCUACGUUUAAAUUCAAGACUAAAGUUCCAGCCUUUGAAAACAUUGAGCUUUAUAACGUCAUGUGUGAUCUUCUGGGUCUAAAACCAGCUCCCAAUAACGGGACCCACGGGAGUCUGAACCACCUGCUGAGGAGCCCCCCGUACAGACCCAGCAUGCCAGAGGAGGUUUCCAGGCCAACGCCCUCUGGUCUUGGUCCUGCAGGAACGGACGACUUGGGCUGCACCUGUGACGAAAAGUUGCGUGUAAAAAGUAGGGGCCAGAGAGGUUUGAAAGUGACCCUUGUACGAGGCUAUAACCUGGAGUCACUCUGGCUCUGUCUCUUACAGAACAAAGUGGAGGAGCUAAACCAGCGACUGAGGCAAGCUAUUGAUGACAGCAGGAACCUGCCGUACGGUCGACCUGCUGUCCUCUUCCGCACCAAAUACACAAUCCUCCACCACAGCGACUACAUCAGCGGUUACAGCGAAACCCUGUCCAUGCCCCUGUGGACGUCAUACACUGUCGGCAGACGGAUAGAAGUGUCUCCUCUGCCUGACGCUCUGUCCAACUGUGUGAGACCCGAUGCCAGAGUCCCUCCAGCCUACAGCCAGUCAUGCACCAACUACAGAGCAGACAAACACAUCACAUACGCCUUUCUGUACCCACCACAACUGUCCUCAAACAUGGACAAGAAAUACGACGCAGUCCUCAUCACCAACACUGUUCCGAUGUAUCAUGCUUUCAAGAGGAUAUGGAGUUACUUCCAGAGGGCGCUGGUGAGGAAAUACGCCACCGAGAGAAACGGGGUGAACGUUCUUAUCGGACCCAUAUUCGACUACGACUACGAUGGCGUUAGAGACUCGGCUGAGAAGAUAAAAGAGUAUGUGAGUCGGACGAUACCCGUCCCCACACACUACUUCGUGGUCCUGACCAGCUGCUUAGACUUCACGCAGGCUGCAGAUUCGUGUAGCGGUCCGCUCAGCAGCGCCGCGUUCAUCCUUCCACACAGACCCAGCAAUGAUGAGACCUGCAACAGCUCAGAGGACGAGUCUCAGUGGGUGGAGGACCUGAUGAGGAUGCACACGGCUCGAGUCAGGGACGUGGAGAUCCUGACGGGCUUGGACCUGUACCGCAGAACGACACGGAGCUACGCAGAAAUCCUCUCGCUCAAGACCUACAUGCAUACCUACGAGAGCGAGAUCUGACCUCCGGCGGCUCCGUGCGCGUUAACGCCGCUGACUUUUUUUUACAACCGUGGUGGAACGUAUGUGGUAUCAGGAGGAGAUGCAGCCGCCUCCUUUACACUGACUGAAUUCGUGCUGCGGCCUUUUCACUGAGCGUUUGCUUUCAUCUCAUUCCUUUCAUCGGUCUGUUUAGAUGCAGCUCUAACCCCACUGAGCUACCAACUGUGGUACUGGCCACUUGAGUUGAAGUGUUUAGCCAUAGGACAGACGUUUUCACAAGGUUUGCACUCUUGGGGCCAGACUUUUCAAAAGGUUAAGUGAGGCAUGGACACAAAAUUCAUUAAGUCAUGUACACAUAUUGAACUACAGGUGGUAAUAGUUCAAAGCUGCAUACAUUUAAUACAUAAAAUGAAAAAGAUUGUUAACAAUAUGUUUUACCAGUGUUUUAAAAAAAACAAAAGUGAAUUGCACUCCAAAGUUAGGGUGUUCUCCUUAAGUUUCCUCCUUAAGCUGCAUGUGUGCGUUCUUGGACAAAGAAAAAAAAAAAGCUAAUGAUAUCUAAUGCAAUGUGUUUGUUUGUUUGUGUGCGUGCAGAGUCUCUGUUGAGUUCAAGAUAUUUGCUGUGUGUUUGUGCGUGUUUGUGUGUCGUAACUUUGACUUGUGUGAAAUAAAAAAUAACGUCAGCGAUUUAUUAAUGUUUUCCCUCGAAGCCUUUACCACCUGUGAGACCGAAACUAUUUAUGCUCCAUGUACUUUUCCCCACAAUAAACAAGUGUUUUUACUAAA